GAGAAGGUGAGAGUUGGGCGCCGCGCCCAGGGCGCACGAGGGGCCCUUCUGUCUGGUAGGAGCGGCGCGGGGGGAGGAAGCCCGCGCUGGUUUCGGUGGCGGUUUCGUCCCUGGGCUGGGACUCGCGGGAAGCGAAAAGGCGCGGGUCGUCCGAGGGAGCCGCGCGGGGCGAACUUGAGAGGCUGCCUCCCGAGCGGGGGUGCGCUUGGAGACGCCCAUCAACUUCUGCCGCGGAAACGCUUGAAGCCACCGGUGUCUAGGCGGUGGGGGCAACCUUUCGGUUACAUGGGGGCUGGCGGGAAGUUAAGUGAACAGCGAGGAUCCUGCGCCCAGCUCUCCGAGAUUGGCUGAUCUCGAGAGCUACGGGGCGUUGCCCAUCCUGAAGAUCAGGUGACCCGCUGACAUCAGCCAUGUCAUCCAGGCCUUUUGAAAGUCCACCUCCUUAUAGGCCUGAUGAAUUCAAACCCAAUCAUUAUGCACCCAGCAACGACAUAUAUGGUGGAGAGACGCCCAUUCGACCAAUGCUUUCUCAGCCAGCGUAUUCUUUCUACCCAGAAGAUGAAAUUCUCCACUUUUACAAAUGGACCUCUCCUCCAGGAGUGAUUCGGAUUCUGUCUAUGCUCGUUAUCGUGAUGUGCAUUGCUAUCUUUGCCUGUGUUGCCUCCACGCUUGCCUGGGACCGAGGCUAUGGAACCUUAAUAGGAGGUGGUAUGGGCUACCCUUAUGCCGGCAGUGGCUUUGGUGGCUAUGGAAGUAGCUAUGGCUAUGGUUAUGGCUACGGUUAUGGCUAUGGAGGGGGCUAUACAGAUCCACGAGCAGCAAAGGGAUUCUUCCUGGCCAUGGCUGCCUUCUGCUUCAUUGCUGCAUUGGUGAUAUUUGUGACCAGCGUUAUAAGAUCUGAAAUAUCUAGAACAAGAAGGUAUUAUUUGACUGUGAUAAUAAUGAGUGCUAUCCUGGGUGUGAUGGUGUUCAUUGCCACGAUUGUCUACAUAAUGGGCGUCAACCCAACAGCCCAGGCGUCAGGGUCUCUCUACAGCUCACAAAUCUAUGCCCUCUGCAACCAGUUUUAUACGACUGCGGUGACUGGACUCUACGUGGAUCAAUAUUUAUAUCACUACUGCGUGGUGGAUCCCCAGGAGGCCAUUGCCAUUGUACUAGGGUUCAUGGUUAUUGUGGCUUUUGCCUUAAUGAUUUUCUUUGCUGUGAAAACUCGAAGCAAGAUGUACCACUAUGACAAGUCGAAUAUUUUGUGGGACAAGGAACGUAUUUAUGACGAGCAGCCCCCCAAUGUUGAAGAGUGGGUUAAAAACGUGUCGGCAGGCACCCAAGACAUGCCUCCUCCCCUUUCGGACUAUGCGGAGAGAGUGGACAGCCCCAUGGCCUACUCGUCCAACGGGAAAGUGAACGAGAAGCGGCCAUAUCCAGAGUCUUCGUAUAAAUCAACACCGGUGCCGGAAGUGGUUCAGGAACUUCCACUGAUGUCCCCCGUGGAGGACCUCAGGCAGCCUCAUUACAGCAGCAGUGGUAACUUGGAGGCGUCUUCAAAACGGGCUCCCGCAAAGGGCAGAGCAGGAAAGUCUAGGAGAUCAGAGCAAGACCAUUACGAGACAGACUACACGACGGGCGGCGAGUCCUGCGACGAGCUGGAGGAAGACUGGAUCAGGGAAUAUCCACCCAUCACUUCAGAUCAACAAAGGCAACUCUACAAGAGAAAUUUUGACAGUGGCCUGCAGGAGUACAAGAGCUUACAAGCAGAACUUGAUGAGAUCAAUAAAGAGCUCUCUCGACUGGAUAAAGAGCUGGAUGAUUAUAGAGAAGAAAGUGAAGAGUACAUGGCUGCUGCUGAUGAAUACAAUAGACUGAAGCAAGUUAAGGGAUCUGCGGAUUACAAAAGUAAGAGGAAUUAUUGCAAGCAGUUGAAGAGCAAAUUGUCACACAUCAAGAAGAUGGUUGGAGAUUAUGAUCGAAGGAAAACAUAGGAGGCAGAGGCCACCUUGUUUGAGAGAUUAAGAAGUAUCUGAUCUGACAUCUCUGCAGUGUUGUCAGGAGUCAAAAUGACACUGGACUCUGACCCAGGAGGCCAAACCUUUCUGGUCAUUACGGAGAUUUGGUAGCUUUAAUAUCAUCAGUAUUGAAGCAUUUUAUAAAUAGCUUUUGAUAAUCAACUGGUCUGAACACUCCAAGGAAGGAUUUUUGUUUGUCUAUCUGUUUUGUUUGUUUUUUAGGGCUGCCCCCAUGCCAUAUGGAAGUUCCCAGGCUAGGGGUCUAAACUGAGCUACAGCUGCCGGCCUACGCCACAGCCACAGCAAUGCCAGAUCCUUCAACCCACUGAGCGGGGCCACGGAUUGAACCUGCAUCCUCAUGGAUGCUAGUCGGGUUCGUUUCCACUGAGCCACAAGGGGAACUCCAAAGAAAGGAUUUUAUGCUUUAAACAUUGGUUCUUGUGUUAAGAACUCACUGUUGUUUAAAGUUUUUAAAUCUUUAGGGACGGUCCGGGAGUGAACUGUGAACUUUGACACUCUAGGCAAUCAGGUCCUAAUACCUAAAAUGUACUCUUUGGGUCUCCCAGAAUUCGCCCUUCCGAUAACUGUUCUCUCUCAUCAUUUCUCUUCAGAUAAGGAAAUUGGGCCCCUGCAAUAAAGUCUCUGAAGUGAAACUGCUUGUUUUCUAGCUUGCAGUUUUGGUUAAGUCUGUUUUAUGACUGCAUGGAUAAAGUCCCUGGCCUUUUCAUAUUUCAGCUACUACAGAUAGUGCAUUCCACCAGGCCUCCUAUUAAUUUUUUUUCUGUGUAUAAAUGCUUAAGAGGUUUGUAUUUCAUGUUAUCCUGGUAAUAAAGAUCACGUAAAAGUAACAGAUGUGUGAAAUUUGAAGAUUGUAAAUACAUGUUUACUUUUUUAAAAAUCAAAGUUGAAACCUACUGGUUAGAAUUUUGUUGUGUAUUUUUAAAUGCUUUUUAUCUUUUAUGGUUUACAUACUUCUUUUUAAACCAGCUAGGCUGUUUCAUUAUAUCAAAGUAUCCAAUUACAUUUAUAAUUCAAUUGUGACUUGAAUUGUAUCUUUGGGGAAUGUUGGAGCUUUGUACAUAUUUUAUAAUUAUUAAACCUGGUGUUUCCUUUCCAUAAUAUACAUUUUUGACAUCACUAGUCCUGUGGAAAACUGGAAAACUAAGCUAUGGGAAACUACACUCAGGAGUUUUAUCUGUUAUUGUUUUAAACUACUUUGGGUGCUGUGCUAGUUGGUAGUUUCCUAAGUCCUUUGACUGAUUUGUCAGGAAACAGAAUGCAAGACCCUAAAAUGCCAAAUUAUUUCAAGUGGUGCUUUUAAAUCUCGAAAGUUUUUUGUUUUUAAUUCAGAUGUUUCCUGGUAAUGUAAAAUUAGCUGAUAAUCCUGGACAUAUAGCCCACCAAGUUGGUUGUGAUGAUCUCCUCAGUUUAGAACUCUUCUUUCCUUUUUUUUUUUUUUAAGGGCUAUGCCCGUGGCAUAUGGAAGUUCCCAGGUUAGGGGUCGAAUUGGAGCUACGGCUGCUGGCCUACACCACAGCUACAGCAACUUGGGAUCCAAGCCGUGUCUGCAACCUACCCCACAGUUCACAGCAACGCCGGAUCCUUAACCCACUGAGUGAGGCCAAGGAUCGAACCUGCAUCCUCAUGGAUGCUAGUCAAAUUUGUUUCCGCUGAGCAGGAACUCCUAGAAUUCUUUCUGAAAAAAUGUUAAAGAAUAAUUUCAAAUUUAUCAUUACUAUACAAUUUGGACAUUUAAGUCUAUAGAUUUUAAUAUAGAAGUCUGAAUCGUUUUCCAAAGAUAAACUUUUAAAUAAGGUUUCCAUUAUAACAGAUUUAUUUCUUCAAGUUGAAGAAAUUUUUUGUUUUCUAUGUGCCGCAUAUACUAUAGAAAGUAAUAAAUAGUUUAUGCUUUUUAUGACUUUUGGAUUCAUACUAAAUGGUAAGGACUCUUGAGCAACUGAAUUUUUCUGUGUUAAAAUUUAAACUCUUUAUUCUUGGAAAUCAGCGUACUUUGUUUAUGAAGACAAGUUUGCCAGCGUUGUGACAAAACAAAACCAUUCAGCAGAAUGCAGAAAAUUAAAUAGGACGAGUUUGCAUUGUAAAAUUGUGCCAUAAAAUUAGACUUUGAAAGUUUUUUAAAAAAUCAUUUUUCAAAUGUGAUAUUUAACUCCAAAGACCGCUUCAGGAGCCAGGAUCAGGAUGUUUUUGUUGGAGUUGGCAUUAACUAAUGAAAUAUAACUUUGAAAAACCACUCGGGCUAUGUUCUCACCUGGAAAAUAGAGGUUUAGAUCGAUUUCAGAGGUCUUUUACAUCUCUGACCUUCUUUGGUUAUGUUUGCAUAAUACUUCCUGCUCUAAACCACUAUUCCAAAGAUUCUGUUGAAAAUGCAUGUGGUUCAUUUGCUGAAGACUCACAGCAUGAAGUGAUUUCCUUACAUGUGUAUUAAACAUAGAUAACAUCAAUACUUUCAUUUCUCUUUAUCUUGGAAAGUUUAAAAAAAUACAGAAAAAUAGGAACUUGUAAACCUACCACCCAGAAAGAACAAGUGUUGAUAUUUUGUCAUAUAUACUUUGUAUUUUUGGAAAUAAAUUUAAGUCUGUAAGUA